UCGCCCGAUCACUACGCAGGGUAGGUAGGUACUCAACCAAUCACAUAAUUAGGAUUCGGAGGAUCCUGAACUGCUGCCUUACCUUAGGUACCUACCUUAUAAAAGCGGCCUUACCUCCCGUUCUCCAACUUAUGUGUUUUUUCAUCUUAACUCCUCUUUGUUUCUGUUAUAGCCUACCCUUGACAAGUAUAAUACAAGGUACCUUAACCUACAUAUCCAACCCAGAUACUCAAACAUGCCUCUAUUGAACCUCCCCCCGGAGACCUUGUCUCUGAUCUUGGAGUUCCUUGCAGAUGAAGACCUAACGACUCUAAUACUUGCGCAACGUGUGUGUAAGCAUUUCCAAGCAAGUAUUGAACGCAUUGUAUUCCAGUUACCCCUAUGUAAAAAAUGGAACGGACCAGGCCCUAUCGGUAUCUGUCCCCUCCUCCAAGACAAAUUCGGCCAGCUAUUCGUGCACAAAAGGCGAGAAAAGAACAUGGGCAUAGCCAAGAGCUGGGGCACCGACUUAGCAUUCCGUAGCUUACCCUGGGCCGCGGGGCGCGGGAAAGGAGGAGCGGAAGUCAGAGAGGUCGAAAUGCGGGACUCGCCGUACCUCCGGCCCGAGGCGAGCUGGCGCCGCCUCAGCGUAACGUUCGGCGCGGGGCCCGCGGUCAGGUCAGUGGACGUGCUAAAGGCGCUGACUAUGUACGGCGGCACGAGCAUGGAUUACGAACAGCUCGUCAUUCCCCCGCCGCCGCCCCCGCAUGCUUUUUAUUCGCUCAAAAAGUCAGGGGUUGAUGAUGGUACUACUGCUGCUGACGCCAGCAGUAAAGAAGAAGAAGAAGAAGCACAGGAAGACGGCGAAGGAAUCCUGACCAUGGGCCUGCUGUACGACCUUCUCGCGUCGGGCGAGGGCCACAUGGGCUACGUGACGACCGGCUGGCAAUUCCUGCCCGGCACACGGCUUAGGAGCUACGACGACUGGCAAGAGCUGAGCGCGAGGGAGCGGUACCCGGGACGCAAGCGGAUCGCUCAGCUGUUUGUUAGGGAUGAGGAGAGCGCGGGAUUACUUGUUACGGGGCACAGGGGGUGCGUGAUGGGCAUGCCUAGGAGGGAAAAACAGGCCCUCAGUGAGGAGGAGAGGUUGUGGGUGCCGCGUGCUAUUGGCGGCAUCCCCGUUAAGUUGUUGCCGUGGCAGGGGCCGUUUCAGGAGUGAAUGUGGAUGUGAAUAUGAGAGGAGAUGCCCGGUGUAUUUGAAUUCUUAGGGACCGGGAUUUGCUCUGGGUUAUGUAUGUGUUGGAAUCAGGGACGGCAAAGGAAGGUAUUAACAUCUUCUUGAUGGAAAAACCCUGUUACUUUUACUAACUGAUACAUAAGGGUUGGCCUGUGAAGAGAAGAUGGUACGUGUGCGACCAGAUCAGCCUAUCAUAUUCACAAUUCGUAGUUCCCACAGCAUAUAAUACGACCUUUUUUUUUAUUACAUUAAUAAGUGCCACUGAAACUUAGUCACUUUACUGCAAUGCAAAAGAGGUGAUAUCAUCUGCUAGUGAAAGAGAUGGAGCUUGGUAGAGCUUAAGCAUAUAGUCUUGAUUUUCCGGACCCAGAUCCGAGCACUGUAGUUAAUAUAAGCUCCAUCCAAG